AUGUUAGAUUUGAAAGUAAGCCGUCGUUGUGAAUUUUACGCAGAUGACCAGUUAUCUACUGCUCUUAUAUUUGUUGGCAAAAAUAAUGAUUUGAAUGAAUAUGUCGUUCUUGCUCUCAUCUCUGACAGCUCUUUUUUUACUGCUUCUUAUGACCAGGAAAGUUGGAUCAAAUUACGUGAAGAGAGUGACUUCAGCUCAGAUGAUGAAUUCAUCGCCGAACUUUGUGACCCAAAGAUUACAAUAAGUAUAGAGCGUUCUGAUGAUGUUCAGGUGAAAUGGAAUCGACCAGAUGAGGACGGUCUAAAGUUCGAAUUUUGCACGAUGACAUUAUGUCCAAAUACGGUUGGCAUUUUUAGUCUAGUAGAUGCUCUUUUAACGGAACGGAAUAAUCAUUAUGAGAAUUUAACUAGGAGUGAUGUUGUUAUUGCUGAUAUGGAAAGAAAAUUUGAACUGUUGAGUAAGUAUUUGCAGAAAGUUGAAGAAAUGGAUGAGUAUCGUCGGAACUUAUCCAAUACACUGAUCUCAAAAUUUGUCGCUAUACAAAACAAAAAUAUAUGCUGA